AUGCUCUCCCCAGCCGCCCCAGAGUGUCGCGAUGAUCUCCUCGGCCGCCCCAGAGCGUCGCGAUGCUCUCCCCGGACGCCCCAGAGCAUCGCGAUGCUCUCCCCGGACGCCCCAGAGCGUCGCAAUGCUCUACCCCGGACGCCCCAGAGCGUCACGAUGCUCUCCCCAGCCGCCCUAGAGCGUCGCGAUGCUCUCCUCGGUCGCCCCAGAGCGUCGCGAUGCUCUCCCCGGACGCCCCAGAGCGUCGUGAUGCUCUCCCCGAACGCCCCAGAGCGUCGCGAUGCUCUACCCGGACGCCCCAGAGCGUCACGAUGCUCUCCCCAGCCGCCCCAGAGCGUCGCGAUGCUCUCCUCGGCCGCCCUAGAACGUCGCGAUGCUCUCCCCGGACGCCCUAGAGCGUCGUGGUGUUCUCCUCGGACGCCCCAGAGCGUUGCGAUGCUCUCCCCGAACGCCCCAGAGCGUCGCGAUGCUCUCCCUGGACGCCCCAGAGCGUCGCGAUGCUCUCCCCGGACGCCCCAGAGCGUCGCGAUGCUCUCCCCGGACGCCCCAGAGCGUCGCUAUGCUCUCCCUCGACGCCCCAAAGCGUCCCGAUGCUCUCCCCGGACGCCCCAGAGCGUCGCGAUGCUCUCCCUGGACGCCCCAGAACGUCGCGAUGCUCUCCCCGGACGCCCCAGAGCGUUGCGAUGCUCUACCCGGACACCCCAGAGCGUCGCGAUGCUCUCCCCAGCCGCCCCAGAGCGUCGCGAUGCUCUCCUGGACGCCCCAGAGCGUCGCGAUGCUCUCCCCGGACGCCCCAGAGCGUCGCGAUGCUCUCCCUGGACGUCCCAGAGCGUCGUGAUGCUCUCCCCGGACGCCCCAGAGCGUCGCGAUGCUCUCCCUGGACGCCCCAGAGCGUCGCGAUGCUCUCCCGGGACGCCCCAGAGCGUCGCUAUGCCUUCCCCGGACGCCCCAGAGCGUCGCGAUGCUCUCCCCGGACGCCCCAGAGCAUCGCGAUGCUCUCCCCGGAUGCCCCGGAGCGUCGCGAUGCUCUCUCCGGACGCCCCAGAAGCGUCGCUAUGCUCUCCCCUAACGCCCCAGAGCGUCGCGAUGCUCUCCCCGGACGCCCCAGAGCGUCGCGAUGCUCUCCCCGGACGCCCCAGAGCGCCGCGAUGCUCUCACCGGACGCCCCAGAGGGUCGCGAUGCUCUCCCCGGACGCCCCAGAGCGUCGCGAUGCUCUCCUCGGUCGCCCCAGAGCGUCGCGAUGCUCUCCCCGGACGCCCCAGAGCGUCGUGAUGCUCUCCCCGGACGCCCCAGAGCGUCGCGAUGCUCUACCCGGACGCCCCAGAGCGUCACGAUGCUCUCCCCAGCCGCCCCAGAGCGUCGCGAUGCUCUCCUCGGCCGCCCUAGAACGUCGCGAUGCUCUCCCCGGACGCCCCAGAGCAUCGCGGUGUUCUCCCCGGACGCCCCAGAGCGUUGCGAUGCUCUCCCCGGACGCCCCAGAGCGUCGCGAUGCUCUCCCUGGACGCCCCGGAGCGUCGCGAUGCUCUCCCCGGACGCCCAGAGCGUCGCAAUGCUCUCCCCGGACGCCCCAGAGCGUCGCUAUGCUCUCCCUCGACGCCCCAAAGCGUCACGAUGCUCUCCCCGGACGCCCCAGAGCGUCGCGAUGCUCUCCCCGGACGCCCCAGAGCGUCGCGAUGCUCUCCCUGGACGCCCCAGAGCGUCGCGAUGCUCUCCCUGGACGCCCCAGAGCGUCGCGAUGCUCUCCCCGGACGCCCCAGAGCGUCGCGAUGCUCUCCCCGGACGCCCCAGAGCGUCGCGAUGCUCUCCCCGGACGCCCCAAAGCGUCGCGAUGCUCUCCCCGGACGCCACAGAGCGUCGCCAUGUUCUACCCGGACGCCCCUGAGCGUCGCGAUGCUCUCCUAAGCCACCCCAGAGCGUCACGAUGCUCUUCCCGGACGCCCCAGAGCGUCGCUAUGCUCUCCCCUAACGCCCCAGAGCGUCGCGAUGCUCUCCCCGGACGCCCCAGAGCGUCGCGAUGCUCUCCCCGGACGCCCCAGAGCGCCGCGAUGCUCUCAUCGGACGCCCCAGAGGGUCGCGAUGCUCUCCCCGGACGCCCCAGAGCGUCGCGAUGCUCUCCUCGGUCGCCCCAGAGCAUCGCGAUGCUCUCCCCGGACGCCUCAGAGCGUCGUGAUGCUCUCCCCGGACGCCCCAGAGCGUCGCGAUGCUCUACCCGGACGCCCCAGAGCGUCACGAUGCUCUCCCCAGCCGCCCCAGAGCGUCGCGAUGCUCUCCUCGGCCGCCCUAGAACGUCGCGAUGCUCUCCCCGGACGCCCCAGAGCAUCGCGGUGUUCUCCCCGGACGCCCCAGAGCGUUGCGAUGCUCUCCCCGGACGCCCCAGAGCGUCGCGAUGCUCUCCCUGGACGCCCCGGAGCGUCGCGAUGCUCUCCCCGGACGCCCAGAGCGUCGCAAUGCUCUCCCCGGACGCCCCAGAGCGUCGCUAUGCUCUCCCUCGACGCCCCAAAGCGUCACGAUGCUCUCCCCGGACGCCCCAGAGCGUCGCGAUGCUCUCCCCGGACGCCCCAGAGCGUCGCGAUGCUCUCCCUGGACGCCCCAGAGCGUCGCGAUGCUCUCCCUGGACGCCCCAGAGCGUCGCGAUGCUCUCCCCGGACGCCCCAGAGCGUCGCGAUGCUCUCCCCGGACGCCCCAGAGCGUCGCGAUGCUCUCCCCGGACGCCCCAGAGCGUCGCGAUGCUCUCCUCGGACGCCCCAGAGCGUCGCUAUGCUCUCCCCGGACGCCCCAGAGCGUCGCGAUGCUCUCCCCGGACGCCCCAGAGCAUCGCGAUGCUCUCACCGGACGCCCCAGAGCGUCGCGAUGCUCUCCCUGGACGCCCCAGAGCCGUCGCGAUGCUCUCCCCGGACGCCCCAGAGCGUCGCUAUGCUCUCCCCGGACGCCCCAGAGCGUCGCGAUGCUCUCCCCGGACGCCCCAGAGCAUCGCGAUGCUCUCCCCUGACGCCCCAGAGCGUCGCGAUGCUGUCCCCGGACGCCCCAGAGCGUCGCGCUGCUCUCCUCGGACGCCCCUGUGCGUCGCGAUGCUCUACCCGGACGCCCCAAAGUGUCGCGAUGCUCUCCCAAACCGCCCCAGAGCGUCGCGAUGCUCUCCCCGGACGCCCCAGAGUGUCGGGAUGCUCUCCUCGGAUGCCCCAGAGCAUUGCGAUGCUCUCCUCGGAUGCCCCAAAGCGUCGCGAUGCUCUCCCCGGACGCCCCAGAGCAUCGCGAUGCUCUCCCCGGACGCCCCAGAGCGUCGCUAUGCUCUCCCCGGACGCCCCAGAGCGUCGCGAUGCUCUCCCCGGACUCCCCAGAGCAUCGCGAUGCUCUCCCUGGACGCCCCAGAGCGUCAUGAUGCUCUCUCCAGACGCCCCAGACCGUCGCGAUGCUCUCCCCGGACGCCCCAGAGCGUCGCGAUGCUCUACCCGGACGCCCCAAAGUGUCGCGAUGCUCUCCCAUACCGCCCCAGAGCGUCGCGAUGCUCUCCCCGGACGCCCCAGAGUGUCGGGAUGCUCUCCCCGGAUGCCCCAGAGCAUUGCGAUGCUCUCCUCGGAUGCCCCAAAGCGUCGCGAUGCUCUCCCCGGACGCCCCAGAGCAUCGCGAUGCUCUCCCCGGACGCCCCAGAGCGUCGCUAUGCUCUCUCCGGACGCCCCAGAGCGUCGCGAUGCUCUCCCCGGACUCCCCAGAGCAUCGCGAUGCUCUCCCUGGACGCCCCAGAGCGUCAUGAUGCUCUCUCCAGACGCCCCAGACCGUCGCGAUGCUCUCCUACGCCGCCCCAGAGCGUCGCGAUGCUCUCCCCUGGCGCCCCAGAUGGCCGCGAUGCUCUCCCCGGACGCCCCAGAGCGUCGCGAUGCUCUCCCCGGACGCCCCACAGCGUCGCGAUGCUCUCCCCGAAUGCCCCAGAGCGUCGCGAUGCUCUCCCCGGGCGCCCCAGAGCGUCGCGAUGCUCUACACGGACGCCCCAGAGCGUCGCGAUGCUCAUCCCGGACGCCCCAGAGCGUCGCUAUGCUCUCCUCGGACGCCCCAGAGCGUCGCGAUGCUCUCCCCGGACGCCCCAGAGCGUCGCGAUGCUCUCCUCGGACGCCCCAAAGCAUCGCGAUGCUCUCCCCGGAGGCCCCAGAGCGUCGCGAUGCUCUCCCCGCACGCCCCAGAGCAUCGCGAUGCUCUCCCUGGACGCCCCAGAGCAUCGCGAUGCUCUCCCCGGACGCCCCAGAGCGUCGCUAUGCUCUCCCCGGACGCCCCACAGCAUCGCGAUGCUCUCCCCGAACGCCCUAGAGCGUCGCGAUGCUCUCCCCGGACGCCCCAGAGCGUCGCGAUGCUCUCCCCGGACGCCCCAGAGCGUCCCAGACGCCCCAGAGCUUCGCGAUGCUCUCGCCAGCCGCCCCAGAGCGUCGCGAUGCUCUCCCCGGACGCCCCAGAGCGUCACGAUUCUCUCCCCGGACGCCCCAGAGCGUCGUGAUGCUCUCCCCAGACGCCCCGGAGCAUCGCGAUGCUCUCCUCGGACGCCCCAGAGCGUCGCGAUGCUCUCCCCGGACGCCCCAGAGCGUCGCGAUGCUCUCCCCGGACGCCCCAGAGCGUCGCGAUGCUCUCCCUGGACGCCCCAGAGCGUCGCGAUGCUCUCCCCAAACGCCCCAGAGCGUCGCGAUGCUCUCCCAAACCGCCCUAGAGCGUCGUGA